GAGAGAUGUACUGCAUGAAUUCUUUACCUACGAUGUAAAUAAUUUGGAUGGAUAUUUGUAUUUGUUGUUCACCCGCCGUACAGUAGGUGGCGGCAAUAGGUGUAGUCUGCCAUUAAACCUUAAUGAAGAACAAGAAAACAACAAAUUGUUGAUGCGGACAGCAAGCGGCGAACAGUUCAUAUCAUACAAAGAAACAGUAGCUUCCACAAUGGAUCGGGACAAAGCUAGCCCGUCCCCCUCCACCCUCCAGGAGUCCCCAAGUCGACCGCCUCUCCGUACUUUACUGCUGGUUCUGGUCGACUGCAGGAAAACACCGGGGCAGAGUGGAACUGAGAGAGGAGAAGAGGAACAUGGAGAUAUGAUUUCAUUACGUAAGAACCAUGGGGACAUCCCUAAUCGUUGCUCUCUUAGUGAGAGGGGCUUAUCAUCUGGGGAGCCUCAACAACAUCAUGAUGCUGACAUGAAAGAGAAGAGUCUCUCCAGACCAGAACACCUCAAGAAACACCAGCAGACACGUAUAGGGAAGAAACCUCACCACUGCUGCUCUGACUGUGGGAAGAGUUUUGCUAAACAAGACUUGACAAAUCAUGAGAAAAUUUACACUCCAGAGCAUGUAUCUAAAACCUUAAAAUCUCAUCUGAGAAUUCAUUCAGGGGAGGGACCUUAUACCUGCUUUGAUUGUGGGAAAUACUUAAAUCAGUCAGGAGCCCAGACUAAACGCAUACACACAGGAGAGAAGCCUUAUAGCUGUGAUCAGUGUGGGAAGAGUUUCAGUGACUCGGGAUCCAUGAUUAAACACCAACGCAUACACACAGGAAAGAAGCCUUAUAGCUGUGAUCAGUGUGGGAAGAGCUUCAAUCAUUCAGGAAAUCUGACUGUACACCAGCGCAUACACACAGGAGAGAAGCCUUAUAGCUGUGAUCAGUGUAGGAAGAGCUUCAAUAACUCAGGAGACCUGACUAGACACCAACGCAUACACACAGGAGAGAAGCCUUAUAGCUGUGAUCAGUGUGGGAAGAGCUUCAAUCGUUCAGGAUCCCUGACUAAACACCAACGAAUACACACAGGAGAGAAGCCUUAUAACUGUGAUCAGUGUGGGAAGAGUUUCGGUGACUCAGGAUCCCUGACUAAACACCAACGCAUACACACAGGAGAGAAGCCUUAUAGCUGUGAUCAGUGUAGGAAGAGCUUCAAUAACUCAGGAGACCUGACUAGACACCAACGCAUACACACAGGAGAGAAGCAUUAUAGCUGUGAUCAGUGUAGGAAGAGCUUCAAUAACUCAGGAGACCUGACUAGACACCAACGCAUACACACAGGAGAGAAGCCUUAUAGCUGUGAUCAGUGUGGGAAGAGUUUUACUAAAGAUUCCACCCUGACUACACACCAACUCAUACACACAGGAGAGAAGCCUUAUAGCUGUGAUCAGUGUGGGAAGAGCUUCAAUCGUUCAGGAUCCCUGACUAAACACCAACGAAUACACACAGGAGAGAAGCCUUAUAACUGUGAUCAGUGUGGGAAGAGUUUCAGUGACUCAGGAUCCCUGACUAAACACCAACGCAUACACACAGGAGAGAAGCCUUAUAGCUGUGAUCAGUGUGGGAAGAGUUUCAAUCAAUCAGGAUCCCUGACUGUACACCAACGCAUACACACAGGAGAGAAGCCUUAUAGCUGUGAUCAUUGUGGGAAGCGCUUCAGUCGAUCAGGAACCCUGACUACACACCAACUCAUACACACAGGAGAGAAGCCUUAUAGCUGUGAUCAGUGUGGGAAGAGUUUCAGUUACUCAGGAUCCAUGAUUACACACCAGCGCAUACACACAGGAGAGAAGCCUUAUAGCUGUGAUCAGUGUGGGAAGAGCUUCAAUCGUUCAGGAUCCCUGACUAAACACCAACGAAUACACACAGGAGAGAAGCCUUAUAACUGUGAUCAGUGUGGGAAGAGUUUCAGUGACUCAGGAUCCCUGACUAAACACCAACGCAUACACACAGGAGAGAAGCCUUAUAGCUGUGAUCAGUGUGGGAAGAGUUUCAAUCAAUCAGGAUCCCUGACUGUACACCAACGCAUACACACAGGAGAGAAACCUUAUUCCUGUCUAUGUGGAAAGAGCUUUGCUCAUUCAGGGCCACUGAUAACACACCAGAAACGGAUUCACACUGGAGAGAAGCCUUAUAGCUGUGAUCAGUGUGGGAAGAGCUUCAAUCAAUCAGGACACCUGACUACACACAAACGCAUACAUACAGGAGAGAAGCCUUAUAGCUGUGAUUGGUGUGGGAAGAGCUUCAAUCAAUCAGGAGCCAUGACUACACACCAACGCAUACACACAGGAGAGAAGCCUUAUAGCUGUGAUCAGUGUGGGAAGAGCUUCAGGAUGUCAGGAGAUCUGACUGCACACCAGAACAUACACACAGGAGAGAAGCCUUAUAGCUGUGAUCAGUGUGGGAAGAGCUUCAAUCGUUCAGGACAACUGACUACACACCAGCGCAUACACACAGGAGAGAAGCCUUAUAGCUGUGUUCAGUGUGGGAAGAGCUUCAAUCGUUCAGGACACCUAACUACACACCAGCGUAUACACACAGGAGAGAAGCAUUAUAGCUGUGAUCAGUGUGGGAAGAGCUUCAAUCAUUCAGGAUCCCUAAUUACACACCAGCGCAUACACACAGGAGAGAGGCCUUAUGGCUGUGAUCAGUGUGGGAAGAGUUUCAUUCUUUCAGGAUCCCUAAUUACACACCAGCGCAUACACACAGGAGAGAGGCCUUAUGGCUGUGAUCAGUGUGGGAAGAGCUUCAAUCAUUCAGGACACCUGACUACACACCAGCGCAUACACACUGGAGAGAAGCCUUAUAGCUGUGAUCAGUGUGGGAAGAGCUUCAAUCAUUCAGGAACCCUGAGCGAACACCAACGUACACACACAGGAGAGAAGCCUUAUAGCUGUGAUCAGUGUGGGAAAAGCUUCAAUCAAUCAGGACACCUGACUAUACACCAACGCUUACACACAGGAGAGAAGCCUUAUAGCUGUGAUCAGUGUGGGAAGAGCUUCAAUCAAUCAGGAGACUUAACUGCACACCAGCGCAUACACACAGGAGAGAAGCCUUAUAGCUGUGAUCAGUGUGGGAAGAGCUUCAAUCGGUCAGGAAACCUGACUGCACACCAGCGCAUACACACAGGAGAGAAGCCUUAUAACUGUGAUCAGUGUGGGAAGAGCUUCAAUCAUUCAGGGGCCCUGAUUACACAUCAGCGCAUACAUACUGGCGAGAAGCCUUAUAGCUGUGAUCAGUGUGGGAAGCGCUUUAAUCGUUCAGGAUACCUGACUACACACCAGCGAAUACACACUGGCGAGAAGCCUUAUAACUGUGAUCAGUGUGGGAAGAGCUUCAGGAAUUUAGGACACCUGACUAUACACCAGCGCAUACACACAGGAGAGAAACCUUAUAGCUGUGAUCAGUGUGGGAAGAGUUUUGCUCGAGAUUUCACCCUGACCAAACACCAUCUCACACACACUGGAGAGAAACCUUAUAGCUGUGAUCAGUGUGGGAAGAGUUUCAGGACAUCAGAACACCUGACUAAACACCAACGCACACACACAGGAGAGAAACCUUAUAGCUGUAAUCAGUGUGAGAAGAGUUUUUCUCAAGAUUCCAGCCUGACUACACACCAGCUCACACACACAGGAGAGAAACCUUACUCCUGUCUAUGUGGAAAGAGCUUUGCUCAUUCGGGGUCACUGAAAAAACACCAGAAAGCUCAAACAUGUUUUCUUUCAUCUCCCUCCUCUCCGGCACCGGUUCCAGAUCCCUAAAUAAAGUUGAAUAGAAAACAUCUUGUGAAGAGUCAUCCAACUCCCAUUCUCUAACAGUUUACUAAGUCUGAUUGCCAUGGUAACUUGUGUAGCAUAAUAUGCAGCUCUGCAUCCAUAUGUAUCAAGCGUCCUGGAGUAGGAGUGCAGUGUGUGUGUGGUGGGGUGGGGUGUUCAGAGCUGUAUCUUAUUUCAUUAACUCCUAUUAUCCUUUAAAUAAUGUAGAAUUGUGUUUCAACAAUACAAGGUGUGUAUUCAUGUAUUCAAAAGAUCAAUAAAUUACAUCCAUUAUCUGCUCAACAAUGUCUGCUUAUCACAUAUUUUAUAUCUAUAAUAAUAAUAAUCUAUUUUUAUAAGGAUCAUAGGCCUCUUGUAGAAUUUGUUUGGUUUUAAAAGAUGUCCACAUAUUUAUUGUAAAACCCUUCACCAGGUUUUAGUGUAGCUGAUGGGACAUACGGAAGUACAGAAGACAUAAGACUAUUAUUGUGGUCAAAUUAUGUUGUUGCAUUUAUUUUAAAGGAUUUUAAUAGGGAUAUAUCUUCACACUUUUCUUAUUGUAUUUUAAGUGUGCUCCAGAAAGAUGUUCACACAUUUUAUUGUGAAUCGAAUGAUGUGUUGGUUGUGAGGAAGAGGCAUCAUGGGGGCAGGAAGCCAGCUCUGCCCAUCAGUACCUAUAGGUCAUGUCAACCACAGACCUCACACUGUUCGGUUUUCUCGCUCUGGAAAUACACUUGAUAAUAUCUUAUACCUUACCAUUCUACUUUUUAUUGGUGAUUAGUUAUGCGGAACGAACGCUUGCAUGUAAAUGUCAUUGUCAAACACACAUCUGGAAUUUGGUUUCAUGUUUUCUUCAUUUGUUUUACAUUGCUGAUUGUAUAUUCAUAUUUUUUCUUAUGUAUUUUUAAAAUGUUUAGUUGUUUUAUGUAGAAGAGACCAGGAUAUGUUGUUGGCCUGGGUCCCAAUAGUCAAUGUUAUAGUCCUGGUCCUGAGAAUAGAGACCAGGAUAUGUUGUUGCCCUGUGUACCAAUACUCAGUGUUAUAGUCCUGAGAAUAGAGACCAGGAUAUGUUGUUGGCCUGGGUCCUAAUACUCAAUGUUAUAGUCCUGGUCCUGAGAGUAGAGACCAGGAUAUGUUGUUGCCCUGUGUACCAAUACUCAAUGUUGUAGUCAUGGUCCUGAGAAUAGAGACCAGGAUAUGUUGUUGGCCUGGGUCCCAACACUCGAUGUUGUAGUCCUGGUCCUGAGAAUAAAACAGGUUUAAAACAAUCAACAGAUUGAGAAUAAA